CUCACUUGGCGAAGUUCGGAUAGCACAACCAAUUUCCUGUAGAUGUUCAUCCCACGUCCUGUGAUUUUCCUGUUUAACAUAUGUUCGAAGCAUCGUUUUCACUACUCUAUUUUGACGUUCAACAGGAUUAGCGCGGGGAUUAUAACUUGCGGUGUAAAAUAUUCGUGACUUAUCGAUGGCUUAACUGCAAAAUGUCGUAACCCACAAAAAUUUUGAAAAGUGCUUUAUGGUGCCAAUAUAUUUGGUUGCCUAAACUGCACAUUGUGACAAAUUGUUGCAAGCCACAUACGCCUGGAAAUAUCAUUUUACGCGCCAAAACCAAAUGUCGUAUAAUCGUGACGUCUCGGUUGGUUUGUCAAAUGUCGUAAGCCACAGUUGAGCAAUGACGUUUGGCGCAUAAAGCAGGUUGGUGUUCGAAAAAGUGAUUUUUAGUGGUUUGAAUGUAAGUAAUAAUUGUAUAGAGUUUUAUAUAAUUGAAGGUUAAUUCAUUUAGACUUUGAUUUUAACACGUGUUUGUAAAUUAUUUUGAAAGUUACCAGAACAUAAUAAGAAAAUUACGCCUAGUGGGAUACGACAUUUUAAUUUUCUCUAAUAAUUACUUGUAUAUUAGGGUUACGACAUUUUUUAAACAUCUAAAGUUAAAAAAAUACUACUCAUUGUUUUUUAUAGAAACUGUUAAAGUAAUUAAUUAUUUUUUUCGAUCAGUGAUAAAAUAGCGUUUUAUUGUCUUAAUGUCUAGCAGGUCUGCCAAAAUUUUAGCUCUAGCAAUAUCUACAUCAUCACUGACAGAGGUCAGUAAAGGAAACAGUGAAAGAAAUAUUUCAAAUGGAGCUGCUUUAAAAAGAGAACUAUAUGAGUCUGUUGGUCCCCACACGUUUGAUGACAUCCCUAUAGUGUUUGAGGAUAUUAAUCUUAUAGACAACAGUUUAUCGGAAUACAUAGUAAUCGAUGAUCCUUCUAUGAGGUCGAAAAAUAUCCAAAUAGAACAAAGCGCUUUUGAAGAAUUAUUACCAGCUCAGGUUGGAGAAAAUGAAGGGAAAAAUAUGAUUACUAUCGAUGAGGCUUAUGUGUCCAGCAAUGAGACAUCUACCAAGGAAAUGCCUCUAGUGGAGGUAGAUAUAAUUUUAAAUAGUAGUAUAGAAAGUUCUAGAAAGUCGUAAAAAAAAAAACAUCCUGAAUCCACAAGAAAAGGAGUCAACCAAUUACAAUGAAGAAGUUAAUUUUGAAAGUGAAAACAGCUAUGUGCCAGAGGGUUCAGGAAAUAGCAGUACAGAAGAUGAGACUGAUUUACACCAAAAUAGAAAAAAUAUUAAUAAAAGAAAAAGGAAAGGUAACACGUCGACAUGGAAAAGGCAAAUUAAUAAAAGAUUGA